AUGGAUGAUUUUCUUUGCGUACGUAUUAAAAUUCUUUCUUCUUCUUCUUCUUCUUCUUCUUCUUCUUCUUCUUCUUCUUCUUCUUCUUCUUUCUUUCUUUCUUUCUUUCUUUCUUUCUUCUCCUUCUUCAUUCUUUUUCUUUUUUCUUCUUAUUCUUCUUUAUUCUUUAUUCUUUCCUCGUCUUCUUCAUCUUCACGUUCUUUCUUCUUCUUCUUCUUCUUCUUCUUCUUCUUUUCUUCUUCAUCUUCUUCUUUAUUCUUCCUUCUUUCUUUCUUCUUCUUUUUUUUCUUUCUUCUUCUUUCUUCUUUUUUCUUUCUUCGUUUUUCUUCUUUAUCAUCUUUAUUCUUCUUUUUUCUUGUUUCUUCUUCUUCUCCUUUAUUCUUUCUUAUUCUUUCUUCUUCAACUUCAUUGUCUUCAUUCUCCAUUUUGUAUUUUUCUUUCUUCUUCUUCUACUUUCUUCUUAUCUUCUUGAUUUUUCAUUCUUUCUUCGUCUUCCUUUUUCAUCUUCUUUUUCUUAUUAUCUCUUCUUCUUCAUUCAUCUUUUUCUUCUUCUUACUUCUUCUUUAUUCUCAAUUCUUCAUAUUCGUCUUCUUUAUUCUUCUUUUUCUUAUUCUGCUUCUAUUUCUUCCUUCUUUCCUCUUUUCUUCUUUCGUCUUUUUCUUCUUCUUUAUUCUUCUUUUUCUUCUUCAUCUUCAUCCUUCUUUUUUCUUCUUCUUGCUUCUUCUUCUACUUUCUUCUUUCUUCUUCUUCUUUAUUCUUUAUUCUUUCCUCCUCUUUCUUCUUCAUCUUCACGUUCUUUAUUCUUCUUCUUUCUUCUUUUACUUCUUCUUUCUCCUUUCUUCCGCUUUUUUCUUCAUCUUUUUCUUUCUUCUUUUUUCUUCUUCUUUAUUCUUCUUCUGUUUUUUCUUCUUUUUUCUAAUUCUUAUUUAUCCUUUAUUCUUUCUUCAUCUUUCUUCUUCUUUGGUCUUCUUUUUCUUCUUUCUUUUUUCUUUAUUCUUCGUUUUUCUUUUUAAUCUCCAUCUUCCUUAUUCUUUUUUUAUUGUUCUUUAUUCUUCUUUCUUCUUUUUCUUCUUCUUCAUUAUUUUUUAUUCUUUCUUCGUCUUUCUUCUUCAUCUUCUUUAUUCUUCUUUUCUUCAUCUUCUUUUUCUUCUCCUUUCUUCUUCUUCUUCUUUAUUCUUUCUUCGUCUUUCUUCUUCAACUUCUUUAUUCUUCUUUUCUUCAUCUUCUUUUUCUUCUCCUUUUUUCUUCUUCUUCUUUAUUCUUUCUUCGUCUUUCUUCUUCAUCUUCUUUAUUCUUCUUUUCUUCAUCUUCUUUUUCUUCUCCUUUCUUCUUCUUCUUCUUUAUUCUUUCUUCGUCUUUCUUCUUCAUCUUCUUUAUUCUUCUUUUCUUCAUCUUCUUUUUCUUCUUCUUCUUGCUUCUUUUUCUUCUCCUUUCUUCUUCUUCUUCUUUAUUCUUCUUUUCUUCAUCUUCUUUUUCUUCAUCUUCUUUUUCUUCUCCUUUCUUCUUCUUCUUCUUUAUUCUUUCUUCGUCUUUCUUCUUCAUCUUCUUUAUUCUUCUUUUCUUCAUCUUCUUUUCUUCUUCUUCUUGCUUCUUUUUCUUCUCCUUUCUUCUUCUUCUUCUUUAUUCUUUCUUCGUCUUUCUUCUUCAUCUUCUUUAUUCUUCUUUUCUUCAUCUUCUUUUUCUUCUCCUUUCUUCUUCUUCUUCUUUAUUCUUUCUUCGUCUUUCUUCUUCAUCUUCUUUAUUCUUCUUUUCUUCAUCUUCUUUUUCUUCUUCUUCUUGCUUCUUUUUCUUGUCCUUUCUUCUUCUUCUUCUUUAUUCUUUCUUCGUCUUUCUUCUUCAUCUUCUUUAUUCUUCUUUUCUUCAUCUUCUUUUCUUCUCCUUUCUUCUUCUUCUUCUUUAUUCUUUCUUCGUCUUUCUUCUUCAUCUUCUUUAUUCUUCUUUUCUUCAUCUUCUUUUUCUUCUUCUUCUUGCUUCUUUUUCUUCUCCUUUCUUCUUCUUCUUCUUUAUUCUUUCUUCGUCUUUUUCUUCAUCUUCUUUAUUCUUCUUUUUCUUCAUCUUUUCUUCUCCCUUUCUUCUUCUUCUUCUUUUUUUUCUUUCUUCGUCUUUCUUCUUCAUCUUCUUUAUUCUUCUUUUCUUCAUCUUCUUUUUCUUCACCUUUCUUCUUCUUCUUCUUUAUUCUUUCUUCGUCUUUCUUCUUCAUCUCCUUUAUUCUUCUUUUCUUCAUCUUCUUUUUCUUCUUCUUCUUCUUGCUUCUUUUUUUCUCCUUUCUUCUUCUUCUUCUUUAUUCUUUCUUCGUCUUUCUUCUUCAUCUUCUUUAUUCUUCUUUUCUUCAUCUUCUUUUUCUUCUUCUUCUUGCUUCUUUUUCUUCUCCUUUCUUCUUCUUCUUUAUUCUUUCUUCGUCUUUCUUCUUCAUCUUCUUUAUUCUUCUUUUCUUCAUCUUCUUUUUCUUCUUCUUCUUGCUUCUUUUUCUUCUUCGUCUUUCUUCUUCUUCUUUAUUCUUUAUAA